UUCCUCUUCCUCCAAGACUUAUUUAUUUGACUGGCAGAGUGAGAGAGAGAGACAGAAUUUUCCAUUUGCAGGUUUGUUCUCCAAAUGGCUGGAACAGUUGGGGCUGGUCCAGGUCAAAGUCAGGAAGCCGGAGCUCCAUCUGGGUCUCUCCACGUGACACAAGCCUUCCUCUGUUACCUUCCUAGGUGCAUGAGCAGGGAGAUGCAUUGAAAUAGAGCAACCAGAACUUUGACAUGGCCUGUGUCGUAAGACCUGUCAGCUCAACUGGCCAACACACAUCAAUAGCCCGGUGCUGUUUUCUUCCCCUCUUAGCUCUCUGUUCAAUUUGUGGUGAGGGUGAAAGAGCAGAAGGAAAGAAAAAGAUCACCCUGGGAUUGAGCUUUUUUUCCUUCUGCCUGUUCUUCAGCCCUUGGAAGCUGAGGGCAAAUCUUGAGUAGUCGUCAGACAACCAGAGUCAUAAUUAGUGGUCAGCCCUGAGAUUCACCUUGUAAACCUGGUUAGUACGGCCGUGCAGAGGAGGAACCAGCGCAUCCGCUCAGGAGGCGGUUGCCCAGGGAUCCCUCCGUUUAUAAUGGCUCAGAGAACUGGACUAGAGGAUCCAGAGCGGUAUCUCUUCGUGGACAGGGCUGUCAUCUACAACCCGGCCACCCAAGCCGACUGGACAGCCAAGAAGCUCGUGUGGAUUCCCUCCGAACGUCAUGGUUUCGAGGCAGCUAGCAUCAGAGAGGAGCGGGGGGACGAAGUGGUGGUGGAGCUGGCGGAGAACGGCAAGAAGGCGAUGGUCAACAAGGAUGACAUCCAGAAGAUGAACCCGCCCAAGUUCUCCAAGGUGGAGGACAUGGCCGAGCUGACGUGCUUGAACGAGGCCUCCGUUUUACACAAUCUGAAGGAUCGUUACUAUUCCGGGCUUAUCUACACGUACUCUGGACUCUUCUGCGUAGUCAUCAACCCUUACAAGAACCUCCCGAUUUACUCUGAGAACAUCAUCGAGAUGUACAGAGGGAAGAAACGCCACGAGAUGCCUCCGCACAUCUAUGCCAUAUCCGAGUCCGCCUACCGCUGCAUGCUGCAAGAUCGUGAGGACCAGUCAAUUCUUUGCACGGGCGAGUCCGGCGCUGGCAAGACGGAGAACACCAAGAAGGUCAUUCAGUACCUUGCCCAUGUUGCUUCUUCACAUAAGGGAAGGAAGGACCAUAACAUUCCUGGAGAACUUGAACGGCAGCUUUUGCAAGCAAAUCCAAUUCUGGAAUCAUUUGGAAAUGCGAAGACUGUGAAAAAUGAUAACUCAUCUCGUUUUGGAAAGUUUAUUCGGAUCAACUUCGACGUAACUGGCUAUAUCGUUGGGGCCAACAUUGAAACCUACCUUCUAGAAAAGUCUCGUGCUGUUCGUCAGGCAAAAGAUGAGCGGACUUUCCAUAUCUUCUAUCAGCUGUUAUCCGGAGCAGGAGAGCACCUGAAGUCGGACUUGCUCCUUGAAGGGUUUAAUAACUACAGAUUUCUCUCCAAUGGCUACAUUCCCAUCCCGGGCCAGCAGGACAAGGAUAAUUUCCAGGAGACCAUGGAAGCAAUGCACAUCAUGGGCUUCUCUCACGAAGAGAUUCUGUCAAUGCUCAAAGUAGUGUCCUCAGUGCUGCAGUUUGGAAAUAUUUCUUUCAAAAAGGAGAGAAAUACCGAUCAAGCUUCCAUGCCGGAGAAUACAGUCGCACAGAAACUCUGCCAUCUGCUGGGGAUGAGCGUGAUGGAGUUCACUCGGGCCAUCCUUACCCCCCGGAUCAAGGUCGGCCGAGACUACGUGCAGAAAGCCCAGACCAAAGAGCAGGCAGACUUUGCGGUGGAGGCUUUGGCAAAGGCUACCUACGAGCGGCUCUUCCGCUGGCUUGUCCACCGCAUCAAUAAAGCUCUGGAUCGGACCAAACGCCAGGGGGCGUCCUUCAUUGGGAUCCUGGAUAUUGCUGGAUUUGAAAUUUUUGAGCUGAACUCCUUCGAGCAGCUGUGCAUCAACUACACCAACGAGAAGCUGCAGCAGCUCUUCAACCACACCAUGUUCGUGCUGGAGCAGGAGGAGUACCAGCGUGAGGGCAUUGAGUGGAACUUCAUCGACUUCGGCCUCGACCUGCAGCCCUGCAUCGACCUCAUCGAGAGACCGGCUAACCCUCCAGGGGUGCUGGCCCUUCUGGAUGAAGAGUGCUGGUUCCCCAAAGCCACAGACAAAACCUUUGUGGAGAAGCUGGUCCAAGAACAGGGUUCACACUCCAAGUUCCAGAAGCCUCGGCAGCUGAAAGACAAAGCCGACUUCUGCAUCAUCCACUACGCGGGGAAGGUGGACUACAAGGCAGACGAGUGGCUGAUGAAGAACAUGGACCCACUGAACGACAACGUGGCCACCCUCCUGCACCAGUCAUCAGACCGAUUCGUGGCAGAGCUCUGGAAAGACGUGGAUCGCAUCGUGGGUCUGGAUCAAGUCACUGGGAUGACGGAGACAGCCUUUGGCUCCGCAUACAAGACCAAGAAGGGCAUGUUCCGCACCGUGGGGCAGCUCUACAAGGAGUCCCUCACCAAGCUGAUGGCCACCCUCCGGAACACCAACCCCAACUUCGUACGCUGCAUCAUCCCCAAUCACGAGAAGCGGGCCGGGAAGCUGGACCCCCACCUGGUGCUCGACCAGCUCCGCUGCAAUGGUGUCCUGGAGGGGAUCCGCAUCUGUCGCCAGGGCUUCCCCAACCGCAUCGUCUUCCAGGAGUUCCGGCAGAGAUACGAGAUCCUCACUCCAAAUGCUAUUCCCAAGGGCUUCAUGGAUGGCAAGCAGGCCUGUGAGCGGAUGAUCCGGGCGUUAGAACUGGACCCAAACUUAUAUCGAAUCGGACAGAGCAAGAUAUUUUUCAGAGCUGGUGUUCUGGCUCACUUAGAGGAAGAAAGGGAUUUAAAAAUCACCGACAUCAUCAUCUUCUUCCAGGCUGUCUGCAGAGGUUACCUUGCCCGGAAGGCCUUUGCCAAGAAGCAGCAGCAGCUGAGUGCCCUGAAGGUGCUGCAGCGGAACUGCGCCGCGUACCUGAAGCUGCGCCACUGGCAGUGGUGGCGUGUCUUCACCAAGGUGAAGCCUCUGCUCCAGGUCACUCGCCAGGAGGAGGAGCUUCAGGCCAAAGACGAGGAGCUCCUGAAGGUGAAGGAGAAGCAGACAAAGGUGGAGGGUGAGCUGGAGGAGAUGGAACGCAAGCACCAGCAGCUCCUGGAGGAGAAGAACAUCCUGGCGGAGCAGCUGCAGGCAGAGACUGAGCUGUUCGCCGAGGCUGAGGAGAUGCGGGCGCGGCUGGCUGCCAAGAAGCAGGAGCUGGAGGAGAUCCUGCACGACCUGGAGUCCAGAGUGGAGGAGGAGGAGGAGAGAAACCAGAUCCUCCAGAAUGAGAAGAAGAAGAUGCAGGCGCACAUCCAGGACCUGGAGGAGCAGCUGGAUGAAGAGGAAGGGGCCCGGCAGAAGCUGCAGCUGGAGAAGGUGACAGCCGAGGCCAAAAUCAAGAAGAUGGAAGAGGAGAUUCUGCUGCUUGAGGACCAGAAUUCCAAAUUCAUCAAAGAGAAGAAGCUCAUGGAGGACCGCCUCGCCGAGUGCUCCUCUCAGCUGGCUGAGGAGGAGGAGAAGGCCAAGAACCUGGCCAAGAUCCGCAGCAAGCAGGAGGUGAUGAUCUCAGACCUGGAAGAGCGCCUGAAGAAGGAGGAGAAAACGCGGCAGGAACUGGAAAAGGCCAAGCGGAAGCUGGACGGUGAGACCACGGACCUGCAGGACCAGAUCGCUGAGCUGCAGGCGCAGAUUGACGAGCUAAAGGUGCAGCUGGCCAAGAAGGAGGAGGAGCUGCAAGGCGCGCUGGCCAGAGGCGAUGACGAGACGCUGCACAAGAACAACGCGCUCAAGGUGGUGCGGGAGCUGCAGGCACAGAUCGCCGAGCUGCAGGAAGACUUGGAGUCCGAAAAGGCGUCGCGGAACAAGGCAGAGAAGCAGAAGCGGGACCUGAGCGAGGAGCUGGAGGCCCUGAAAACAGAGCUGGAGGACACACUGGACACCACCGCAGCGCAGCAGGAAUUGCGCACUAAGCGUGAACAGGAAGUGGCGGAACUGAAGAAGGCACUCGAGGAAGAGACCAAGAACCAUGAAGCUCAGAUCCAGGACAUGCGGCAGCGACACGCCACUGCCCUGGAGGAGCUCUCAGAGCAGCUGGAGCAGGCCAAGAGGUUCAAAGCCAACCUGGAGAAGAACAAGCAGGGCCUGGAGACUGACAACAAGGAGCUGGCCUGCGAGGUGAAGGUGCUGCAGCAGAUCAAGGCCGAGUCCGAGCACAAGAGGAAGAAGCUGGACGCGCAGGUGCAGGAGCUGCACGCCAAGGUCUCCGAGGGAGACCGGCUGAGGGUGGAGCUGGCCGAGAAGGCGAGCAAGCUCCAGAAUGAGUUGGAUAACGUCUCAACCCUGUUGGAGGAAGCAGAGAAGAAAGGGAUUAAAUUUGCCAAGGAUGCAGCUGGUCUUGAAUCCCAGCUGCAGGACACACAGGAGCUCCUGCAGGAGGAGACACGGCAGAAGCUGAACCUGAGCAGCCGCAUCCGGCAGCUGGAGGAGGAGAAGAACAGUCUGCAGGAGCAGCAGGAGGAGGAGGAGGAAGCCCGGAAGAACUUGGAGAAGCAGGUGUUGGCCCUGCAGUCCCAGCUAGCCGAUAGCAAGAAGAAAGUAGACGAGGACCUGGGGACCAUCGAGGCACUGGAGGAAGCCAAGAAGAAGCUUCUGAAGGAUGCAGAGGCCCUGUGCCAGCGCCUGGAGGAGAAGGCCCUGGCCUACGACAAGCUGGAAAAGACCAAAAACCGCCUACAGCAGGAACUCGACGACCUCACCGUGGACCUGGACCACCAGCGCCAGAUUGUGUCCAACCUGGAGAAGAAGCAGAAGAAGUUUGACCAGCUGCUAGCAGAAGAGAAGAACAUCUCCGCUCGCUAUGCAGAGGAGCGAGACCGGGCCGAAGCAGAGGCCCGAGAGAAGGAGACCAAAGCCCUGUCGCUGUCGCGGGCGCUGGAGGAAGCCCUGGAGGCCAAGGAAGAAUUUGAGAGACAGAACAAGCAGCUCCGGGCGGACAUGGAGGACCUGAUGAGCUCCAAAGAUGACGUGGGCAAGAACGUGCAUGAACUUGAAAAGUCCAAGCGGGCCCUGGAGCAGCAAGUGGAAGAAAUGAGGACGCAGCUGGAGGAGCUGGAGGAUGAGCUGCAGGCCACGGAGGACGCCAAGCUGCGGCUGGAGGUGAACAUGCAGGCCAUGAAGGCCCAGCUGGAGCGGGACCUGCAGGCGCGGGACGAGCAGAAUGAGGAGAAGAAGCGGCUGCUCGUCAAGCAGGUGCGGGAGCUGGAGGCUGAGCUGGAGGACGAGCGGAAACAGCGGGCACUGGCUGUUGCUGCCAAAAAGAAAAUGGAGAUAGACCUGAAGGAUCUGGAGGCUCAGAUCGAGGCUGCGAACAAAGCCCGGGACGAAGUGAUUAAGCAGCUUCGCAAGCUGCAGGCCCAGGUGAAGGACUGUCAGCGGGAACUGGAAGAAGCCCGUGCGUCCCGAGAUGAGAUUUUUGCUCAGUCCAAGGAGAGUGAGAAGAAGCUGAAGAGUCUAGAAGCAGAAAUCCUUCAGUUACAGGAGGAACUUGCCUCAUCUGAGCGUGCCCGCCGCCACGCCGAGCAGGAGCGAGAUGAACUGGCUGAUGAGAUCGCCAACAGCGCUUCUGGCAAGUCGGCGCUGCUGGACGAGAAGCGGCGCCUCGAGGCACGGAUCGCACAGCUGGAGGAGGAGUUGGAGGAGGAGCAGAGCAACAUGGAGCUGCUCAACGACCGCUUCCGCAAGACCACACUGCAGGUGGACACGCUGAACGCCGAGCUGGCAGCCGAGCGUAGUGCCGCACAGAAGAGUGACAAUGCGCGCCAGCAGCUGGAGCGGCAAAACAAGGAGCUCAAGGCCAAGCUGCAGGAGCUGGAGGGUGCUGUCAAGGCCAAGUUCAAGGCUACCAUCUCAGCCCUGGAGGCCAAGAUCGGGCAGCUGGAGGAGCAGCUAGAGCAAGAAGCCAAGGAACGAGCAGCUGCCAACAAGCUGGUGCGCCGCACCGAGAAGAAGCUGAAGGAGAUCUUCAUGCAGGUCGAAGACGAGCGGCGGCACGCGGACCAGUACAAGGAGCAGAUGGAGAAGGCCAAUGCCAGGAUGAAGCAGCUCAAGCGGCAGCUGGAGGAAGCAGAGGAGGAAGCUACACGUGCCAACGCCUCCCGGCGUAAGCUCCAGCGGGAACUGGACGAUGCCACCGAGGCCAACGAGGGCCUAAGCCGCGAGGUCAGCACACUGAAGAACCGGCUGAGGCGUGGGGGUCCCAUUAGCUUCUCUUCAAGCCGAUCUGGCCGACGCCAGCUGCACAUCGAGGGAGCGUCCCUGGAGCUGUCAGAUGAUGACACAGAAAGUAAGACCAGCGAUGUCAACGAGACGCAGCCGCCACAGUCGGAGUGA